AUCGCGUUCGCGUUUCCAUCCCCAUCUCCAUCUCCUCCUCCUCGCCGCAUUCGCAUCUCCCUCCUCUCGCCGCCGCCGCCACCGCCACCGCCGCCGCUCCCUUCCUGCCAUUACCGCCCGUGCCCCUCACCCCCCUUUGCCCCUCGAUCUCUCCCCCCUAGGGUAGGGUAGGGGCUUGCCUCCGAUUCCGUACGGACACACCCUACCUAGGGUAGGGUAGGGGUAGGGGUAGGGUUGAUAGAGAGAGGUUCCGGGAUGACGGCCGGCGAGGGCUGCGCGGCCCGACGCGGGUGAUCCGCUCUCACGCGGGGAGCCCCUCUCGCGCGCGCUUGCUUCACGUGGGGGAUCCCGUCGCGGCUAUCCCUCCUCUCCUCUCUUCUUCCCCCUUCUAGUCUAGUUUAGGGUUUUCUAUCUAUCCAUCUAGAUUUUGAUCUUCCCCUCCUCGCUGCUUCCCCUCGCCCUUCUGACCUGGCGCAGAUGUUUUCCCACGGCGCUGAUUCCGCCCACGACGCCGGCGCCGUCAGCACCGGUGCCUCCGGCGUCCCCACGCGCUUCGUCUGGCCCUACGGUGGCAAGAGGGUCUACCUCACCGGCUCCUUUACCAGGUGGACAGAACAUUUGCCAAUGUCUCCUGUUGAAGGUUGUCCCACCGUUUUUCAGGCCAUAUGCAGUUUGUCCCCUGGGAUUCAUCAGUACAAGUUUUGUGUGGAUGGGGAAUGGCGGCACGAUGAGCGGCAACCUACCAUAACAGGAGACUAUGGUGUGGUUAACACUUUAUGCUUGACUAGGGACUUUGACCAGAUAAAUACAAUAUUGAGCCCUAGUACACCUGGAAGUAGGAUGAACAUGGAUGUGGACAACGACAAUUUUCAACGUACUGUUUCUUUGUCUGAUGGCAUUAUUCAGGAAGGUCCUCAGAGAAUUUCAGAGGCAGCUAUACAGAUCUCUAGGUGUCGUGUAGCGGAUUUUCUGAAUGGACAAACUGGGUAUGAUUUACUCCCAGAUUCUGGCAAGGUCAUUGCUCUAGACGUUAAUUUGCCUGUGAAGCAAUCUUUUCAUAUUCUUCAUGAACAGGGAAUUCCUGUGGCACCUCUAUGGGAUUCAUUCAGGGGCCAGUUUGUUGGCCUUUUGAGCCCACUGGAUUUUAUACUCAUAUUGAGAGAGCUGGAAACUCAUGGCUCCAAUCUGACAGAAGAGCAGCUUGAAACACAUACUAUAUCUGCGUGGAAGGAGGCCAAGCGUCAAACUUAUGCCAGAAACGAGGGUUCUUGGAGGGCAAAUCACCAUUUAGUUCAUGCCACCCCUUAUGAAUCCCUGAGGGAAAUUGCUAUGAAGAUACUGCAAAACGGUGUUUCUACCGUUCCAAUUAUGUUUUCCUCAUCACCAGAUGGCUCAUAUCCACAAUUGUUGCAUCUUGCUUCCCUUUCUGGAAUUUUGAAAUGUAUUUGUAGAUAUUUUAAAAAUUCUCAAGGUAAUUUACCUAUUUUGAGCCAACCUGUAUGCACAAUUCCUCUGGGUACCUGGGUUCCAAAAAUUGGUGAUCCUAAUGGCCGUCCAUUGGCUAUGUUGCGGCCUAACACAUCUCUUAGCGCUGCCCUGAAUUUGCUGGUUCAAGCUGGUGUGAGCUCAAUACCAAUUGUGGAUGACAAUGACUCACUGCUUGACACAUAUUCCAGAAGUGACAUCACAGCUCUUGCAAAAGACAAGGUGUACACACACAUUCGCCUAGAUGAGAUGACCAUUCAUCAGGCUCUGCAGCUUGGACAGGAUGCAAAUUCGCCCUUUGGAUUCUUUAACGGGCAAAGAUGUCAGAUGUGUCUCCGGUCUGACACUUUGUUGAAAGUGAUGGAGCGAUUAGCUAAUCCUGGGGUGCGCCGUGUUUUCAUUGUGGAAGCUGGUAGCAAACGUGUGGAGGGCAUAAUAUCACUGAGUGAUAUUUUCAAGUUCUUGCUGAGCUAAGUGAAAAUGCCCGAGCCAUCUGUGUUUUGUUCUCACAACUGCCGGAGUUAACAAUAGCAGAAAAAAAUUGUGAAUCUCCAACAUCGAUCUCUCUGGCUUUUGGAUCAGACAGGUGUCUUUUCCCGAUAAUGGCCAACCAGAGUCUGUAAAGUCUUUUUUUUUUCCCUUGCCCCUUCGUUACCAAAAUGUCUGGUGAUUUUUAUUUAUUGGAUUGUUUUGCUGCUUGCUCGGUUUCUGAGCCCCCCAAGGAGUUAGUAGCUCUGUUGAAAGGGUGGGAUGGGCGCUUAGAGACAUAUUUUAGCAUGAAUCAUCAUCACAGGGAAGUAAGAAUUGAAGGAAAGAGGGGAUGCUCUGAAGCAAGAAGGAUGAAUUCAAUGUGUUGUUUUUGCUCAACAACCGUUUUUUUGGCGGGCAGUGUUGCAACCAUGAAAGGAGAAAUUACAGUCGGCUCCUUGCUUGUUAGACAAAAAAAAAAAAGAAAAAAAAGAAGAGAAAAACUAUUGGAUAUCUGAUGAUGUAGUGACUGAGAAGCAGGAGUGGAGUUGUGUAAAACCUGUACCACCUGAUUUUUAUGUCUAAACCGCAGCUUACUCAUUUUCCUUGUC